CGCCCACGGAGGACAGCAGCUGAGGAUGAAGAUGCUGUCACGGGCUUGUGACAGCAAAAUGACAAGCAAAUGAUUUGUAAACGUUCCGGCGUCAUGUGAUUCAUUUAUUCGGUGGUCAGAAGAGAUAUUGAUGGCGUCCCGGUGCACGCUUGAGGCCGUGCGGGAGUUCCUCACGGAGCGGGGAGGGAGGGUCCGCCAGUCCGAGCUCACCGAUCACUUCGCGGCCACGGCGGCGGACCUGAGGCGCAUCGUGGACGCGCUCGGCGUCGUGGGAGCGGAAGGCGGCGUGGAAUUUGUCAGUCUCAACGUGGAUCGCAGCCAAACGUCGCCGACGCCCGUGCGCGUGCACGCCGAGGGCCACGGUCACGCCGCGUGCAACGGGCACGCGCACCAGACACCGGACAACGACACCCGAGUCAACCGUGACGACGGACCGCAAACAGAAGCUUCCAGUCCGCCUGCCUCCAACGUGGAUGAUGUCAUCAGGCCACCUGCAGACCCCGCCCACCUGACCAAGACCAUCACGACUUCCCUGGGAGCAGGUGAGGUGAAGCUGAGAGAGAGGAGGAGGCGAGAGUCCGCCCCGGUUAUCGGGGUCUCGGACCCGGACCACCACGCUACAGGCUCCCACGGACAACAAGUCCGAGGAGCCCGCCGCGUGUCCAGAGGGUCCCAGCGAGCCAUGCUGACCAGCUGCCUGUCUGAGGACAGCUCCAUGGAGGGUCUGGACCUCCGACUGGACGUCAACACCCCCAAGGGGAGUCGCAGGAACUUCAUCGAGCUGAUGAUGAAUAGUUCUCCUCAGGUGCGCAGGUCCCUCGUCAAUCGAGGUCCGCGUCUGCGAGACUCGAUGAGGAGCGACGGCGACUCCUCGUCUCUCCUCUCCUCCGCCACCGACGAGGACUGCGCCUCGGUGACCUUGGACCCGCUGGAGCACGAGUGGAUGCUGUGCGCCUCGGACGGCCUGUGGGAGAGCCUGCAGCCCCUGCUGGCCGUGGAGGCGGGGCUCGUGGCCAAGAGGGACUUUGUGACGGGCUUCACUUGCCUCCACUGGGCGGCCAAGCAGGGCAAGGCCGAGCUCCUCUCGCGGCUGCUGACCUUCGCCAAGGACAACGGCGUGCCCGUCAACGUCAACGCCAGGUCCAGCGCCGGGUACACCCCUCUGCACCUGGCGGCCAUGCACGGACACACUCAGGUGGUACGCGUGCUGAUGUCUGACUGGGAGGCGGACCCCGAAGCCAGAGACUACAGCGGCAGGCGAGCCACCCAGUACCUCCCCGCGCUCCCGCCCGGAAACCCGCAGGAGCGCGGAGCGGCCAAGUCGCCAGGAGCCGAGUCGGACGGCGAAAAUACGGGCGUCGGCAGCUGGGGGCGCGGCUGGCGUUUCCCCAAAGUGCUCCAGGGCAGCCUGAACCCGCUGCGUUUCCUCAACUCGCCGGCCGCCGGGGGGACCGCAUCCCCGGAGGCGGUAGGUAACGGGAGGACCAAGGGGGCCGGCAUGCUGAGGAAGUCGUCUCUGAGCAGGCUGAACGCUCGGCUGCAUCGGGGCCGACACAGGGCCCAGAUCAUACACAGCGCCUCCUUCAGGGACACGGGGGAAGUGUGGGGAGGGGAGGAGCUUCCCGUCAGCCCCGUAAGAACACGACCGCUCUCCAACCUGUUCGGGUGACUGCUCAGAUUCAUACUUUAUUGUACAGCAACACAACUGCAUAGUUUACUGACUAAAGCCAAACAUUCCCUUUUUUAUUUAACUGUAUCUACUUUAUUUUGACAGAAACAUUCUUUUUUUUGUCUUUUUUUUUUUUAGGAGAAACAUUACUUUUUUUUUCUAUUUCAAUUUUCUCAAUUUCCUUGGCAAAACAUUCCUUUUUUUUAUUUU